AUGCUCUACGACCUCAACAUCCCGUGGUCCCCAACCACAUCCCCCGCCGACCUCGACCGCACAAUCUCCUUCGCCUCCUCCCUAGGCUACACAGUCCUCGCCCUCAACCACACAAUAACGCCCCCGAUCCCCUCGCAAAUCACAAACCCGCUCCCAAAGUUUCCGCAGUCACAGUCGACAACAACAUCACCACCAACGGGGACGAUGACACCAAACACCUCCUCCUCCUCAUCACAACAACAACAAAACAAACACCAACCAACAAUCCUCCACCGCGCAACAGUAACCCUCUCAGACCCCUCCCAAAACUACCGCCUCCCAACCCUCGCCCUAGCCUACGACAUCCUCGCCGUCCGACCCACCACAGAAAAGGCUUUUCAAGCAGCCUGCCUCUCAAUGUCCGAGCCCUCCCUCAUCUCCCUCGACCUGACGCAGCACUUCCCCUUCCACUUCCGCCCGAAACCACUCAUGGCCGCCGUCGCCCGCGGCGUCAAGUUCGAAGUCCUCACCACCUCUUCUUCAUCUUCUUCUUCUUCGGGAGGCGGCGUCGGCCCCCCACCCGACGCAAGAGCCCGUGCAACAUUCAUCUCCAAUUUUGCCUCGCUCGUCCGCGCGACAAAGGGCCGCGGCAUCGUCGUCUCCAGCGAGGCGCGCGGCGCGCUGGGGUUGAGGGCGCCCAACGACGUUGUCAAUUUGCUCGCUGUGUGGGGUCUCGGGAGCGAAAGGGGCACCGAGGCGUUGGGGGUCAACCCGCGUGGUGUUGUGGUCAACGAGGGGAUUAAGAGGAGCGGAUUCCGGGGCGUCGUGAACGUGCUCGAGGUUGGGGGGCGGGAGAGCGAUGUGAAAAAGAACCAGCAGCAAGGGCAGCAGGGGAAGAAGGGUAAGAAGCAACAAGGCGGCGGCGGCGCAGGUGGUGGUGGUGGCGGUGAUAAGGGCAAUGCGCAGAAGCGCAAGACGCCUGAUGAGGGCGGUGAUGGCGCGCAGCCCACGAUUAGCAAGAGACAGGCCAAGAAGUUGAGGCUAGCUCUUAAGGAACAGGAAAAGGAGGCCUCAUAG